AUGCCCGCCUGCGGCGAUGGCUCCUGCUCUGACAGCAGCCUGCUCGCCGUGGAUGUACCCGGCCGCCUCUUUAAAACCUGCGUCAACGCGCCGCCGCCCGUCGUCCCUGCGACCGCCAACGUUGACCCCAACCCCAAGGGGCCCGCCAAGGACGCGCCGGGGCGCAUCCGCGCUGAGAAGCUGCGAAAGGACGACGAGGCCGGCCGCCAGAUGCGCGGCGUCGGCUGCGGCAAGGCCGGCGCCACCAAGUGCCGCGGCGGGAGCUACUGUCAGUCGGGCGUCUGCCUGCGCUGCGGCGGGCGCGGCAAGCCGUGCUGCCCGACGGGCAACCCGUGCCGCAGCCUUGGCGGCAAGAAGGGGCUCCAGCUUCAGUGUGUCGCCGACGCCGGCGCCGGCCUCGGUACUAACGUCUGCAAGCUGCCCGAAAACGCGCAGACAAUCUGA